ACAUAUCUGAAGAGCAUCCAUUAAAUUACACACUGAUAUUGAAGCCAUUUUGAAACGUCACAAUUUGUCAAUAGAGUUCUGUCGGACGCCCCUACACGGGAAAGGGGAGCUUUUAAAGCCGGUGAUUUUUUCACAUCCUGCUUUGAUCAGCAGCAGCAGGGGGCUGUUUGUGGUCGUCUCGCGGGGUCAGUCAAACAUUGAAGGGAUGGGAUGUAACUUCACUUGAAAAUAGACAGCGUGUGGUGUUAAAAUGCUGGGAUGAGGGCAUAGUGGAAGUUCAGUGUGGAGCACGGAGGAGCAGAAGCCCACAGAGGGGGGGGGGCGUGCCACGUGCCACUCACAGCUCAGCCUGAGCCCUCUGCUGCCUAGAUGGAGGGGCUCCACUGGGUGCAGCACCGCUGGAGGCAGCUGCUGGGGAGACAUUCAGGGAGGGGCUGGACCUCUGCCCCUGCUGGACCACCAGAGAAGACAUCCCAGGAGGCCCAUGGUUCUCCGCAGGCAGUCAGUCGGAAACGGAGAACAGUGUUUGCCCGCAAUGGGCCCCACCCCCAGGAGUAUGAAGCGACCUCCAGGGGCUACAUGGGCAACGCCAUCCGCUCCUCCAAGUACACCCUGCUGACUUUCAUCCCCAUGAACCUGUUCCAGCAGUUCCACAGGGCUGCCAACCUCUAUUUCCUGUUCCUGGUGUUACUGAACUGGGUGCCAGUGGUUGAAGCCUUUCAGAAAGAAAUCACCAUGAUUCCUCUGCUGGUGGUUCUCACUGUAAUCGGCAUCAAGGACGCCCUGGAAGACUUCAGAUGCUACCUGUUUGACAAGAAGGUCAACAACAAUGUGGUGCGAGUGUUUUGUGGGUAAGUCAGCCUCUUUAGCUGAAAUGUUCU